AUGCCAGCCAAGGCUCUAUUUUCUGUGGGUCAACGUCUUAAAGGUAGAGUAGGUAUCUACAAAGUAACCCAGCAGAUUUCGGAAUUCGUUUACUUUGCAGAAUCAACAAAGAAACCCGUUGUCGUGAAGAGUGUUGAAGGCCAUUGGCGCCUCCACAAUGAGCGUGACGUUCUCAAUCGCUUUCAGAGUCGCUGCCCGAACCUGCGACCCCUGCUGGAUGAGAUCCAAGAUCCAGUGGAGCCCCCGGCUAUAAUUCUGAAGUAUCUUGAUGACGACGUGACACGGGCAUCUAGGAAGCAAAGACUUACCAGGCCAGAGCUCAAGUAUGUGGCGAAGAAUGUACUGGAAGCCUUGCAAGUGUUGCAUGAGGAUGGCUAUGUUCACACAGAUAUAAAACCAAGCAACAUUCUCGUAAAUUACGGCAAUGAAGAGAGUCGAUUUUCAGACGUUCAACUGGCCGACUGUGGGGGUGUUGUCCCUACUGAUUCGGAGUACGCUAAAGAUGGUGUGCAGACCGGAACAAGUCUCUUUCGGGCCCCCGAGGUUCAUCUUGAGAUUCCAUGGGGCACUGCUGCAGAUAUCUGGAGUUUUGGGGUGACGCUGAUUAAUCUAAUUUGGGGUUUCAAUUUCCCCAUAUUUGAGCCGGAUGUACCAGAAGGCGACGAGUUAUACGAUGUCAAGAUCCUGGUGCUGCAUCACCAGUGGUUUGGACCGUUCCCUAUCUCUUACAAAGAGAUUUGCGACCAGGAGACACAAGAAAGUAUUGUGCGCAUUAUGUCUGUAAUCCCGCCUGAAAAACUGAAACCAUUUCGGUUCCUGCGUGAAAGGGAGAUAUGUGAUGCAGACAAGGCAUUUGUUCUUAGGAUUAUGAAGCUUGACCCGAGGGAUCGGCCUACCGCGAAAGAUCUUUUGCAAGAUGAAUGGUUUACCGAAAAGUCGGAGAGGACGGUGGGAUGGUAUUCCAAACAGGAGUGGGAGGAAAUGCAUCAGAAAGGCAGAUAG